AUGUCCGUCACUAUGAUACAGUCAGCUUUGCUUCUGGGAGCAUUUUGGACGGGGGAAGGGAACCCUAACUUAGAGUCUGUGUUUGUCAGUAUUGCCGUUCAAAUGGCAUCAUUGAUUGAUCUUGCAUCAUACCCGGCGGCUUCACCGAUCGAGAAGGAAACAAAUAUACGAAUUUGGUGGAGUUUACGGAUGGUUGACGUGUGGGCUUCGAACGGCGUUGGUCUUCCACCGAGACUCAGUAAGAUGAAACCAUCACCGCUGCCUGGUGAUGAUGUAGCAUUCAAUAGCGACAACAACUGGGUGAUGGAUUCGAGCUCCAAAACAUCCAUUCCCCGUUCCUCGCUCCUUUCCGAAAUGGUGAAAUUGAAUUGUAUAUUUGCAGAGAUAUAUGAGUUACAUGAAGAUACAAUCAAAGGACAAAUGGGUGGUUCAUUUAUAGAGACGCGUGUCACCAGUCUUGGGCUCAAGUUGGAUGAGUGGUAUGCAGCGCUCCCGGAUCACAUGCGAGACACACCAGAAAACCUCGCUCGGUUUGCGUCAGUUGGUUUGGGCCGUCUCUUCGUCGCUGUAUAUUGCGGCUACUACCACUAUGGUCAAUUGCUGUAUUAUCAAUUCCUGCAUGCCAAAAAUCAGGAUGAAGUCUUUUCAACUGCUGCCACAUAUGCUGUUCGAUGCAAUGCAUACUCUGCGGGUCUCUCCGAAAUCAUUUAUGCAGCACACUCUACUCCUAGAUGUGAUGUCCUGUACAACAUGAUAGGCCAUAUUCUUGUGGUUGCAUCCACCGUCCAGAUCCACACACUUUUGAAUUCCAGUUCCGAAGAAGAGAUUGCCACUACGAGACGUCGCCUAGAACGAAAUUUUGAGAUCAUGUUGCGUUUAGACAACCUGUGGCCCACUCUCGCAAUGUGCCUAUUACGACUCCGAAUAUUUCAUACGGCUUGUCGUAGGAGCAUGACAGAAACAUUUCUCAUGGACGGCUGGAUGCUUCGCUUCCUACGCGACUUUGGGAGGGCAGUCGAUGAAAGAACUGAUGUGGCCUCGGAAGAAAUCCCAUUUACGCUGGCUGGAAUUGAAAUUACAUUUGAUCAGAACAAUACUUGA